UCUAAAGAGGGCGUGGCCGUGUGGCUGGACUUGGGUCCCACCCGGUGCGGUUUGAGGCUGAUCCCAGUUGCAGCGCGCUGGGAGGAACUCGGAGCCGCAGAUCCUCAAGCUUCCUUAGCUCAGCAGAUCCGGCCCAGAUGUGGAAGACCAAGUCCUGUUGAAAGUACAGAGCUCAACCCUGGUACCCUCUGCCCUCAAGAUGUCCAUGCAGGGGCCACAACAGAAUGGAGAGGACCUCAACCACCAACCCUGGUACCAUGGCCCCCUGCCCCGCCAGAAGGCCGAAGCUCUUCUUCUGCAAGAUGGCGACUUCCUGGUCCGGGCCUCUGGGUCCCGUGGGGGCCACCCUGUGAUCUCCUGCCGCUGGCAGGGCUCCGUCCUACAUUUUGAGGUGUUCCGUGUGGUCAUGCGUCCCCGGCCAGGCCGACCAGCAGCCCUCUUUCAGUUGGAGGACGAGAGAUUCCCCAGCAUGCCUGCCCUGGUGCGCAGUUACACGGCCGGCCGCCGGCCGCUGUCCCGGGCCACCGGGGCUGUGGCCUCCAGGCCUGUGGUUCGGCAGGGGCCUCUGCGGCGCAGUUUCAGCGAGGACACCCUUAUGGACUGCUCAGUUCGAACGGAAGGUUUCAGGGACAGGAAGUGGAGCAACAGUCAGCCUGCAGACUUGGAGCUCACAGGGCAGUCAAAAGAAGACCACUCUGGAGCAGGAACCUCAACUAUACCCAUAUCUGCACUGCUGCGGACAGGCAGUGACCCCAUGUUGCUGAAGGCCCCAGCUCCCCUGGGGACCACUGCUGACCAUCUCAGAGCCUCCGAUGGGCAACUUCAUGCCAAGGCACCAACCAAGCCCCUCCGGACACCCUCCUUGGCACUUACUGAUGCCUCUGGAAGCCUCCCAACCUACUGUGAGCUGGUGCCCCGAGUGCCCAGUGCCCAGAGAAUGCCCCCUGGCCAAAGCUGUUUGGAGACAGAGUCACCUUGGUGGGAGGCUGAGGAAGAGGAGGACAUGGUGGAGGAGGACAGAUGUUUUGCCAGACCACAGGCCGACGUCUCUUUUUGUCCCCCUGAUAACCCAUCCUGCCUGCUGGGCCCCCAGAAUCGGCCCCUGGACCACAAAGUCCUGUGUACUCUCCGUGGCUUGUUCCUGGAGCACCAUCCUGGGAGCACCGCCCUCCACCUGCUAUUGGUGGAUUGCCAGGCUGCAGGCCUCCUAGGAGUGACCAAACUUCAGCGAGCUGCCAUGGGGGUCGCCUCUGGCCUGGAACUGCUCACACUUCCCCACGGGCAUCGCUUGAGGCUGGAACUGCUGGAGAGGCUUGAGACCCUAGCGCUGGCCGGGGCGCUGGCGGUACUGGGCUGCUCUGGACCGCUGGAGGAGCGCGCAGCCGCACUGAGAGGCCUGGUGGAGCUGGCUUUGGCGUUGCGGCCAGGAGCAGCAGGGGACCUGCCCGGGCUGGCUGCGAUCAUGAGAGCCCUACUUAUGCCACAGGUGUCCCGGUUAGAACAUACGUGGCGCCACCUCCGACGGAGCCACACAGAGGUUGCGCUGGCCUUCGAGCAGGAGCUGAAGCCGCUGAUGAGGGCACUGGAUGAGGGAUCGGGACCCUGCGACCCUGGCGAGGUGGCGCUGCCGCACUGGGCGCCCGCGGUGCGCCUGCUGGAGGGCGAGGAGCUCGUGGGGCCGCUGGAGGAAGGCUGCGAGCGGCUGCUGCGCACCCUGCACGGGGCGCGUCAGAUGGCCCGCGACGCGCCCAAGUUCCGCAAGGCAGCUGCCCUGCGCCUGCGAGGAUUCCAGCCUAACCCGGAACUGAGGGAGGCCCUGACCACUGGCUUCGUGCGGAGGCUUCUCUGGGGGAGCAGGGGCGCCAGUGCGCCCCGAUCAGAACGCCUGGAAAAGUUCCAGCAUGUCCUUACCAUCCUGUCCCAGCGUCUAGAGCCUGGCUGUUAAAUCAAGCGACAACCUUCUUUACACCCAGGACCCCACACUCCUGGGACCUCCAAAGAGACCAAGGAAGUUGCCCCAGGCUCCUCAUAGCCAUGGGCAGUGGAGACUGGUCUCACAAAAAGGAGGGAAUCAAAGUUUGCAAAAAUACACAUGGAUCCUGGGGGUGGGGGUGCGCAGCCUCCAGCCACACCCUAGAAGACUGACCCAGGUUAUCUGGAGGCCACCCCCUGGCACACACAUACACACACCAUGUGGCUUUUCUUGGUAAAAGAACUGCAGAUCCAGUAUCAGAAUUCAAGUUUGACUUCACUUCUGAAAAGCCAUGUGACUUUCAGCAGAUCACUUCUGUGUGCUGGCCUUCAAUACAAAAGUAAGACUGUGGGCUUUCUAUGGUUUGUGGCUGGAAUGGAAACUUAAUGUCUAAACUGAUCAUGGUGGAGAAACCCUGUUCUCAGGAAGCUACAGUGCCCAGGAAGGAAGGAAGUUUGGUACCUUUCUUCCUCUACUGGAGUCACAAGCCAACUCCCAGGAAGAGGCAGGGUUUGUCCAAGGUGUGCCCAGGUUCGCCUCCCCUUCCUCAUUCCCUGUGUGGCCAGGAGGGUGGCACUGCAGGAUCCAGCCCUGUAUCUAAAUCCUCUAACAAGGCACAGACUCCAGAAACUUUACCUAACUGUUUUUAUAUAAAACAAAAUAGCCCAAGCCGAGUGGCAGGAGGAAAAGAUCUGAAACAUGAGUAUGUACAUCGAUGCUGGAAGGCACAGCGGGUCCGCCUGGGAUGACAGGUGGGACGGAGGGCAGCAGGUUACACAGGUCUCAGCCAAAGCCACGGGGCAGAAGUAAAGUGCAUAGGUCCUGGGGCUCCCCGUGGCCCAGAAGCAGCAGCCGACAGCCCCCUCUCCCCGCCCUGGCAGGUUCAGUUGAGUGUGACUCGGAGGUAGGAGGUGGGCACGUAGCCCUCGCCUCCCUGUUUCCGCCUGACCCGUGUCCAGCCGUCGCCUUUGUCCUCUUCCAUGAGACUGAGGUCCUCGCCCUCGGUCAUAGAGAUGGUGCCCUCACUGGACCCUGUCGUGGGGUGGGCCCAGGUCUCUGCUUUAGGCCAAUUUGAACAACCUAACCAGAGACACCCAGGGCAACUGAUGUGCCCCCCACCCUACUGCCACCGUGCCCCACACCGGCUGUCCUCACCUUCAAAGUGGUAAAUGGCCACACACUGGCCUAUGGGGGAUGUGGGCUCCUCAAAAUCCUCAUCAAACUCCGUGUAGAUGGGGGUGUCCUGGCCCUCUUCCGAGGGGGGCUCUUCGGAGCUGGGUGGGACAAGAAGGCAGAUGGAAGCAGGCCCUCCGGGUCUCUUGAGCCACACCUGCUCCGGCCUCCCAGCUCACCUCUCCUUGUUGUCCUGUGACCCGUUGCUGCUGCUGUCAGGGGGAGCGCUGGCUGGGGGGUCGGGAGGACGAGGGUGCCGGCCCAGGCUGUCCCCCCGGUUGCUUAGGACCCGGCUCUCGGCUUCUGCCAGCCAAGCCUGGGAGGACGAGAUCACAUCAGCUCCAGGGCAGGGCUUCGAGGUUGGCCACUCUGGACCCAGAGAUUUCCUGAGAUCACCCAUGCACACCCAAGGCCGUGAUGAGAAACAGCUGGAUCCCUCCCCCAACACCUCCCUGUCCCCCACCCGGCAGUGACUCAGCCAGGCCAGCCGCCACUCCACCCCUCCCCAGGGCCUUCCCCCUUACCUCGUACUUCUGCACUUCCAAUUUCAGCCGCUCAAUGUUGCUCAGGGUUUCUGUGAUCCGGGGUUCCAAGCUGGCUGGGUCCCCCAUUUGGGGUGUCUUCUCAUACACGUCCUUCAUUUUCUUCAGCGCUUCCCUGGGGAAGAUGGACAGAUGAGGAAGGACAGCAGGUGAACAGGGCUCACAGCUGUCAAGGGAGCUUGUCAAGGGCAAGGGAGAACACUGGUUAGAACUCAAAUGUGGGGGCCGGACAUGGUGGCCGGCAACUAUGGUGCCAGCUACUCAGGAGGCUCAGGGAGGAGGAUCGCCUGAGCCCAGGGGUUCAAGGCCAGCCUGGGCAACGUGGCCAAACCCAUGCUGAGCUCCAACGCGAGGGCUCAGCUACCUACAUCUGAAUCUCAGUUUGGCAUUUCCCGGUGGUGAGCUUAGGCUAGCAGAGCCUCACCUGCAGAUGCUUACCUUGAAAAUGGGCAUAAGGGCAGGUGUGUGUCCGUGGGCUGGUGUGGGGCUGCAGCAGUACUUGGGACACAGUAAGUCCUAACAAUUACUCAACUACUCAUAUGUACAGUGGGUACCUGGUAUGUGCUAGGCAUUAUCCUAAACUUUAGAAAUGCAGCUCUUGGGGGCUGGGAUGUAGCUCAAUGUCAGAGCACAGGGCUGUCAAGUGCACGGCCCUGGGUUUCACUGCCAGCACCAGGAUGGGGCAGGAGAGAAAAAAACAAAGAGUCAGGAUCCUAACCCUGCUUACCAUCUCCCAGGAAAACCCAAGAAUUCUAGGGAAGCCACGUGAAGGGUUUAGAAUAGUGCCUGGAACACAGCAGGUACUCGAUGAUUGCAGCUGUGAUUCCUAUCAUUAGCCUCCAUUCCCAUCUGCUCUGUACAUCUGGGUAGUGAGAGCUGUAGCGCACUCCUGGAAUAUGCCAGACCUCAGCCCAGCGUCCUUCCAGGCACUAUCUGACCCAUGUCACAGAAGAAGAAACUGACGCACAAAAAGGUGCAAGCAGCUGCCUGAGACCUACACGACAGCUAGAAUUCCCAAGCAACCUGCCUUGACUCUAGGCACACACCCUUCACCUGCCCUCCACCGCAGAAGCCCAGAAACCACCCAGUGCCAGAUGAAACUUCACCCCCAGAAAAGCCAUCUGUCCAAGAGGUUAUUCGCAGACAGCCAGCUAGAACUUGGCCGCCUGCUGGCAAGUGUCAAACAUCAUUCCUGUUACAUAACAGGACUGGGAAGAGGACUUUGCUGCUUGGAAAGAGUGAGUAAAGAUUUUCUUUUGAAUCUGGCAGAUUUUCACUGUUAAUAUUUUAAGUGUUUUAAAUUAUUAAAUAGAUAGCCACAUACUUUUUUUUUUCCUUUUAGCUACUCAAUGUGAUGGAUUAGACUGCUAAAUUUCUUGAUAUUGAACCAUCUUUGCAUUAUUGGGAUAAUGUCCAACUGAUUCUGUAUGUUAUUUCUUUA